CCCGGGGAAGGAAAUUUGGGGUCGUCGAAUCUGGUGGGUUUGCAAAGAAAUGGGAUUAGUUCGGCUGGGUCUUGUCCUGAGGUCGGUUCCUUGUAGCUGGGCCACUCUAAAUUGCAGAUAAAUAAUGAAUGGCAGAGGGAUUCACCCCAAAUAAAUGUUUGCUAUAGAUCCAUGAAUAUCCCCCAUCCCUUGCCUGGGAUGUGGAUGGAUUGAAAAUGGGAGGAUCUUUGAGUUAAUGGUAAAUCCCCCAGGAAUAAUCCAGAAAAUUGUCCUGAUCCAACUGGAGGGCACUCUAGGGGAAAAAAUACAAAGUGAGGAUGAGCUGGGUAAUGAUUCCUCACCUCAGGCAGAGCGAUCCCACUGCGGCCAGGACGUCGAGUGUUCUGCUGGCUGCAAUCCCCACGUCCCAGGGAUUCAGGAGAGGAUCCUGCCCCUGUCCCUGUGCUGCUGCCCCAGGAAGGUUGGGGAUGCAGCAGGUGGGGCCUCCUCUGCCUGUGCCAUGAUUUAUUUUUUUGCAGAGCUGCUCAGGACAGCCCUGAACGACCCCGGCUCGGUGCGGACAUCGCAGGUGGUGCAGUACGAGCUGGGCUAUGUCGUCUGUGCCGCCGUGGCUCUGCUCUUCACCGUGGCCGUGCCGGUGGCCGGGAUGUGCUUCUGCUACUGCCGGAGCCGGCGGCGCUGCGGGGGCCGCCUCCGCGCCCACCGCCGCUCGCUGGGCUGCCGCCGCCGCUGCCUGCUGGCCUGCCUGUCCUUCACCUCCCUCAUCAUCCUGGUCAGCGUCACCUGCGCCUUCGUCACCAGCCAGCGGGUCAAGGGGCAGAUGGAGCCGGGGCUGGGCGCCGUGCCCUCCACCCUGCGCACGCUGCGGCAGCACCUCGCCAAUGUCCCCCAGGGUGUGCAGAUGGUGGUGGACAAGUUCGAGGUGGCCCAAAAGCAGAUCAUCUCUGACCUGGCUGGGCUCAGCCGGAGCGUGGGGCUCUCCAUCCAUGCACAGCUCCAGGCCAUGACCUACGCGGCGCUGGCUGACCUGCAGGACAGGGCCGGAGACCUACAGACCUCGCUGCACCAUUUACAGAUCGUGCACAGGACGGCGCGGGCGCUGGCGGCGGCGCGGGCCGAGCUGGAGCCGGCGCUGCGGGAGCGGAGGCGCCGCGUGGUCGCGCUCCUGGACGACCCGCGCUGCACCUCCUGCGCCAGCGUCCUGGGCAGGGCACAGAGCCUGCAGCUGGGCGCCGACUAUGGCAAGGUGCCGUCGGUGGAGAAGGUGUUGAAGGCGCUGGCCGGUCUGCCCCGAAGUGACUUUGCGGAGAUGAUUCGCCAGGGCAAUGGCACCUUCAACUCCAUCCCGGAGCUGGCCGUGGAGAGGAUGGCGCAGGUCAUCCAGGAUCUGCGGGCCGAUCUGGCCCGCACGGCGGAGAAGGUGCAGUCCAUCGCCGACGGCUUCCCCCUGCCCGACUACACCCGGCCCGCGAGCGAGGCGCUGGCGGAGGCGGAGCAGCGGAGCCGGCCGUACCUGCGGGAGGCGGAGCGCUUCGAGCGCUACCGGUGGAUCGCGGGCACGGUGCUGUGCUCCAUCAUCCUCCUCAUCCUCGCCUGCAACGUGACGGGAAUGGCCCUGGGGGUGUACGGGCUUUCCAAGCGGGAGGACCCCAGCGACUACGAGUGCCGAGGAGAAGCUGGUGCCAAGUUUCUCCUGGUCGGCGUGGGCUUGGCUUUCCUGUUCUCCUGGCUCCUCAUCCUCCUGGUUUUCGCCACCUUUCUGGUCGGGGGCAACAUCCAGACGCUGGUUUGCAGGAAUUGGGUCAACCAGGAGAUUUAUAAGUUCAUCGACACCCCGGGGAAUCUCCCUCCUUCCAUGAACCUCAGCCGCCAGCUCAACCUCAGGAGGGACUCCAACCUCAGCUCGGCGUACCGGGAGUGCAGGAGCGGCGCGGGGCUCUGGGAGGUGCUGCAGCUCGACAGCUCCUACGACCUGGACGAGCACCUGAGAACCCCCCAGUACACGGCUGACUUCCAAAAACGCCUGGGAGACUUCACGGCCGACCUGGGGCGCGUGCGGCUGCUCCGCAGCGAGGGCAGGCAGGACCUGGAGACCUUGGCCCGCAGCGGGGUGGACGAGGUGGACUACGGGCGCUUCCAGGAGGAGAUGAAGAAUCCCGUGGUGCAGACCAGCCUGCCCGGCCUGGCCAGGAACCUGGAGGGGCUGCAGAAGAUGCAGAGGAACAGCACGGUGGCCGGGCGGCUGGCGGCGGAGGCGAGGGCGCUGUGGCACAUGCAGAACUCCACGGUGCAGGCGCAGGAGGCUUUGGUGGCAAAGCUGGGGGAAAGCGUCCAGUUCCUCUCCCGCUUGGCACCGCACCUCAAGGAGCGGGUGAGGAGGACGCUGGCCACCACGGCCUCGGUGGAAGCCCGGCUGCCCGUGCAGGCCCAGCAGAUCCUGCGGCAGGAGCUCGGCUGCUUCACCAGGAAGGAGCUGCGCUAUUUCACCCAGUACCUCAACUGGGUCGGGCAGACGCUGAGGGAGGACGUGGCGUCGUGCCAGCCGCUGGCCACGGCCCUGGACAACGGGCGGGUGAUCCUGUGCGACCGCAUCGCCGAGCCCUGGAACGCCUUCUGGUUCAGCCUGGGCUGCUGCACCUUCUUCCUCAUCCCCAGCAUCAUCUUCGCCGUCAGACUCACCAAACACUUCCGUCCCAUCCGCAACCGCCUGAUGCUCUUCCUCCCCGCAGCCCCAAAACCUCCCGGUUCGUGCAUUAUUUGGGGCUUUGCUGCCCCUCAGCCUGCAGAGGUCAGAGCUGCAAAGGAUUUUUUUCCAAAGGGAUUCAGGAUUUUUCCAGAAGGAUUCCUGCAGGAGCUCCCAUGCCCAGGGAUCUCCUCAGCCCACGGAAACCACCCCGGGGCACCGAAAAUCAGGGUUAAAACAGAGGAUUUUGGGGCUGGGGUGGGGGGAGGUGUGCGGGAAAUGCUCUUACCUGGGGCUCAGACAGGAAAUAAAAAGCUCCCAGCUGGAGCUGGAUGCGUUUUAAAAGCUUAAUGUCACAAAAUUCUGAGAUAAAGAAAAGAAGAGGUUUGUCUCUUUAAAAAAAAACAAAAAUCAAUAAAUAAUUUUAAUAAUUUUAAAAAUA